UAUGACGUCUCGUCAAAAGUGGUCCCUCGCAGUUGAUUGGAGUAGCGGCGGUGAGGGGGCGGUUCUUUAAAGUCGCGCGAGUGGAAGUCAAUAAUCAACCGUUCCUGCUGAAAACAGUGACGGGAAAAAUUAAAUAAUCGCUUUACACGGCAGUUUUCGGAUGUGUGCGUUACGUUUAACGAUGCGUCGGCUUAAGAAAGAAGCUUUAGAACCGGUGGAAAACGUCAAACCGACGCGGAAGAGGCAGCGGACGUGUGAAAAAGACGAAGAACCCACGGGUGCUGAUUUGCCCACCCCCUACCACACAUUCUGUGAGCCUGCUAAUGUUGCCUAUCUGCGAACUCAUCUCCUCAGCUGGUACGACCUGGAGAAGAGAGAACUCCCAUGGAGGACUCUGGCACUAAGAGAGCCCGAUGUCAACAUAAGAACAUAUGCAGUGUGGGUGUCUGAGAUCAUGCUGCAACAGACCCAGGUCGCCACAGUUAUGGACUACUACAUAAAAUGGAUGAAGCGUUGGCCCACGGUUUCGGAUCUUGCGGCUGCGACACUGGAGGAGGUGAAUCAGAUGUGGGCGGGCCUUGGCUACUAUUCACGGGGGAAGCGUCUCCAUGAAGGUGCCAAAAAGGUGGUGUCGGAGCUUGGGGGCCAAAUGCCUGACACGGUGGACGAGCUGCUGAGACAACUACCAGGAGUGGGCCGCUACACUGCCGCAGCCAUCGGCUCCAUCGCGCUGGGCCAAGUCACAGGAGCCGUGGACGGGAACGUCAUCCGCGUCCUGUGCCGUAUGAGGGCCAUCGGGGCCGACUGUACAAGUUCUGCAGUCACAGAGGCCCUUUGGGCUCUGGCGAAUACGCUGGUGGACCGAAAGCGACCGGGUGACUUCAACCAGGCUAUGAUGGAGCUUGGGGCCCGAGUUUGCACCCCAAAACGACCCCUGUGCGAACAGUGUCCUGUACGCUCUCAGUGCCACUCUUACCGUAAGGUUCAAGCCAAACUAGAGCAGAAUUCCAAGAGGCUGUUGGGGAAAAUGGACACGAAGCCGGCCAAACUCCCAGACAUUGAAGACUGCAGUGCCGAUGGAUUAUGCCCACUAUGUCCACGCGAGCCUUGGGAUGAGGAGUUGGGGGCUCAGAACUUCCCGAGAAAGCCCGCUAAGAAGCCUCCCAGGCUGGAGCGAACCUUGACAUGUGUGCUGACUCGGCGCGGAGAAAGAGGCGAGGAGGAGUUCCUGCUCAUGCAAAGGCCAAAUAAAGGUUUACUGGCAGGCUUGUGGGAGUUUCCUAGUCUUUUGUUGGAAGAGGAGGAGCGGUCUGAAAAGAAACACAAGACGGCGCUGUGCACGCACCUCGGCAAACACUUGCGAGCGCCGUUGAUUGAUUGCUCCCUUCAGUACGUGGGAGAAGUGCUUCACAUCUUCUCGCACAUCCAUCAGAUCUACAUGGUUUACGCUUUGCACCUGGGAGACGCCGAGGCGCCUCCACCGACAGGAGACCUGCGCUGGAUCAGCAGGCCGGCGCUGCAGGAGGCCGCCGUGUCUACGGGAGUGAAAAAGAUUGUGAAGCUUUAUGAAUCUGCGAGCCUUCAGAAGGAGCGGAACUCUCCAGAUGCGACUAGGCAAAAGGACGACGAUAAGAAAAGACCACGCGGCACAAAGAAAGGCAAGCUGAAGACAUCCAGUAGAAGCAACAAGCAACUGUCACUCUCCUCCUUCUUCAGGACCACGAAGCAAGAACCUUGCUGAAUGUUUCACAUUUCUACGUUCUGUACACAACGGUGUACAUGUACGCCGACCGUUUAGAAAACCUACUUGGCGAUUUACUUACAUAUAGGCCGCUAACGUUGAGAUUCCACUUGACGAAUAUAAACGUCCACGGGAUUGAACGAGUUAGUAUCCAACUUUCAAUUCUGUAAAUUACUCCCCACCCAACCCCGCCUCCGUCGGUUUUUUUUUCCCUAAAUGACUAAUUCCCAUGCAAAGUUUCCAAGUUCCUAGAAUUUUUUAACCCUCACGACAGGAUCAAACAAAUCACAGAAUUUCUGUAUUUGUAGAUGUCUAAAACGUUUUUAUUGCGAUAUAUUAUUAUGUCAACAAUACCAAAGGUAUUACAAAUGCAGCAACAGAAUCAAGGCACACACAUAUUCAGAGGUUUACUUAAUUUCUUUACAUUCUCCUAUGUUUUAUCAUGUUUUUAUACAAUAGUGUUAUUUUUCUUUUAUUAAAAAAUGG